AAGAGGAAGGAAAACCAGAACCGACAGGCCAGGGGGGGAGAAAACCUGGAAUAUAAAUAUAUAUAUUCUGGAAGCCUGUCUUCGGUCGGGCCUGGGCAAACCUCUUCGGGGCUGCGGACAGGUGAGCACACCUGUUCCUCACCUGGCAAAGAUGUGUGGCCCAAACUGGCUCUGAGCACCAUGGCCGUGCGAUUUCAGGUUGCAGACAUGGAGGAGAUGAUAAUAUGGGAACAGUAUACAGUAACGCUAAGCAGGGAUCCCCGGAGGGGCUUCGGCAUUGCCAUAUCGGGAGGCCGGGAUCGCCCCAGUGGCGUCGACGGAGACACAUCCAUCAUCAUCUCCGACGUGGUGCCCGGGGGCCCUGCUGAUGGCCGGCUCCAGACCCGGGACAAGAUAGCCAUGGUGAAUGGUAUCUCCAUGGAGAACGUGUCGUCCUCCUUUGCUAUCCACACCCUGAAAGGCUGCGGGAAAGCCGCCAAUAUUACAGUGAAGCGCCCCCGAAAAGUGCACCUCCCCGUAGCGAAGCCAAGCCCGCCCAAAAGCCUCCCGCUCUCCAGCCCCGCUUUGCGUGACGGCGACUCCGACGAGGACGCCGGCUACCGGGCGCCUUCCGCGCGGGGCGGGUUGGUGGCUGGCGGCCGGCGCCAGGCCGAGGCGGAGCACAACCGCGGCUACGACGGCGACUCGUCCAGCGAGAGGAGCUCCGGGCGGCACCGGGACGAGGAAGACGCCCCCCGCAGGCACCCGGUCCGCAGCAGGAGGCGGAGCCAAGACGGCGGGCACCGGAGGCGGAGCCAAGACAGCGGGUCGGACCGGCAGCGCUUCACCAAUGGGUACAGCCACCGGGGCAGCGCUAGUGGGCUGGCCCUGGUAUCCGGGUUCAAGAGGCUUCCGCAGCAGGACGUGCCGAUGAAACCGGUCCGCUCCGUUCUGGUAAAGAGCAAGGAGAGCGAAGAGUUUGGCUUGAAGUUGGGGAGCCAGAUAUUUAUUAAACACAUUACGGACACAGGAUUGGCGGCUAAGGACAGUUCUUUGCAGGAGGGAGACCUCAUACUGAAGAUCAAUGGGGUGUCGAGUGAGAAUCUGUCCCUGGAGGAGACGCGGCGGUUGAUCGAGCUCUCGGAGGGGAGGCUGACAUUGGUGGUCCUUCGGGACAACAGCCAAUUCCUGGUGAACAUUCCCCAAGUGAGAGACAGCGAGAGCGAAAGCUCCCAUCUGGACGACAUCUCUGACCUCGGCUCGGACAUCUCGCCGCCUCCAACUGCUCCAGCGAGCGGGCCGGACUCGCCGGGAUCUCCAAAGUGGAAUCCGGCCCCGACCCUACGGCGCUCCGAGCAAACGUCACCCGAAAAGUCAAUGACACCCCCACUUCGUGAAGUCCAAGGGAGCCCUGAAAACGACUAUGAUGCCCACGCUGAUCCCUUUGCCUCCCAGACCGGCACAAAUUAUGGAUACAGCCCCGAUUCGAAAGUGGUCCGUUUCAUAAAAGCCAAGAGCAUCGGUCUCCGUCUGGCUGGUGGCAACGAUGUCGGCAUCUUCGUCGCCGGGGUGCAGGAAGGCAGCCCGGCCGAGAGCCAAGGGAUCCAGGAGGGAGACCAGAUCCUUCAGGUGAACGAGCAAGUUUUUCAUAACUUCACCCGCGAAGAGGCCAUUCAGUACCUCCUGGAGCUGUCGCCGGGCGAAGAGGUGGCGUUGCACGUUCAGAAUAAGCAGGACAUCUACAGGAAGAUGGUGAAGUCCAACGUGGGCGACUCCUUCUACAUCCGCACCCAUUUCGAUUUUGAGAAGGACGCCCCCUCUGCUCUGAGCUUCACCCGAGGCGAGGUCUUCCACGUGGUGGACACCAUGUACCGGGGGAAAGUCGGAAGCUGGCUAGCGAUGCGGAUGGGCAAAGAUCUCCAGGAACUCGACAAGGGCAUUAUCCCAAACCGAAACAGGGCGGAACAGAUUGCCAGUUUGGAGUCCGUCCUCAAGGCCACGUCGGGAGCCGCCUCUUCAGGGCCGAGGGCAGAGUUCUGGAAACUGCGGGGCCUGCGAGGAGCUAAGAGGAACCUGCGGAAGAGUCGCGAGGACCUGUCUGCCCUCACCAAGCAAGGGCACUACCCGCCGUACGAGAGGGUCGUUCUGAAGGAAGCAACCUUUAAGCGCCCGGUUGUGAUCUUGGGACCCAUCGCUGACAUCGCCAUGCAAAAACUCAGCACCGAAUUGCCAGAUCAGUUUGAGAUUGCAGAGAGCGUGGCAAGAGAAGGGAGCUCAUCAAAGGUUAUCAAGCUGGACUCCGUGUGGCAUAUUGCAAAACAGGAUAAACACGCCCUUUUGGACAUCACCCCGGCAGCCGUGGAGAGGCUCAACUACGUCCAGUACUUCCCCAUCGUGGUCUUUUGCGAGCCGGACAGCCGGCAGGGCGUCAAAGCCAUGCGCCAGUGGCUGGCCCCGGAAUCCAAGAAGAGUUCGCGUCGCCUCUACGCCCAGGCUGGCAAGAUGCGGAAGGACUGGAGCCACAUCUUCACGGCCACCAUCAGCCUGGCCGGCGGCUCCAACAGCUGGUACCAGAGUCUCAAGGACAUCAUCCGGGUUCAGCAAGCCCGACCCGUAUGGACGACAGAGGAGCAGGUCCGCUUGGUUUUUAACUUCUGGCUUUUAACUGAUAAUUUUAAUGUAUCUUCUGUGCAAUUUGGACGGCUGCCCAGUCACUCUGGAUUUGAUCACCUCUUAGAAUAUCGUGACCAAACUUUGCAUGACAGCUCCUGAGAUCAGGAACUGCUUUUCAUCUAUAUUUGGAUAAAACGGGGGGUUAUUUUGAAUCAAGAUGGUGAACUGAACCUUUCAAAACCGUCCUGAUUUUUGUUGGAGAAAAGCAAAUACAUUUCCUUCUUCUGAGCUUCUAGUUAAUGCAUGAGUUGCUUUAAACUACACGAGGGCGAUCUAAACAUCACCGGUUCUGAGUCAUAUUCUUGUUCUCUCCCAACGUGUUGAGACAAGAUCUUUGCCUCUUUCAUCUUUACUCAUCCCAUAAAUAGUUGCUUCAUGAAUAAAGCCUCUGAACUCCAGAAACUGUAAGUGAUCAAAUAAAUCUUAUUGACCCAAGCAGCAAGCACUUCUAACAGGUUAUGGGCCCAGGCGUAUAUUUGGAACCCCAAACAGAUUUUCCCAAAGUUUCCUUUCCAAAAGCCUUCCCAUUCCAGCGAGAAAGCCAGCGAGAAGGGGAGUGGAUUUCAAGAGAAGUGAAGAGAAAGGAUGGAUGGACUGGACUAGGAAGAAAGAGCUGGCUGCAAGGAAUCUGCAAAAGCAAAAAUCCUAGGUGUGCCUCUCCCCAAAGGGUAUUUGAAAGCAGAAAGGGAAAUUUUGCAUUGCUGAGAGCUGGAACUUGCAGAGAUAUGAACAAUGGCUGUAAUUUAGGCAAGAGCAGCAAUCCUCAAGUUGAAGGAGCAGAUUUUUCAACGAUGGAUGUUCAAGAUAGAGAAUCUCCUAGCCAGCUGCUGAUUUUGCGCAGUCGGAUAACGAAGGGCAGGGAAGCAAAAGUCAUUGUCUUUCGCUGGAAGAUUCACUGAUAAUACACACCAGAGGAUUGGGGAAACCGUAUUCUUUCGUCGGAAUUUCUUCUUGUUUCCAUAUCUGGGCUAACAAUACUCUUGCCGCAGUUGUUGCGUAUAAAAACGAUUUAACAUCUUGCCUAUUAAUGAGUCGUACAGCAACAUUCCUGAACGGAAAGGCCGAGCCUUUCUCAAGUGAGUCCAGCAAAGAUCAUUCCCGUAUUCAUUCCCCAAGUAACACCCUCUGGGAAUGACCAGCCAAGUAUGACCGGAACCAUCGCAAAGCGGUACCACUAGUUCGGAGACUCGCUCCAGAAGGAUACUACGGCCGAUGGUGUUGAAAGCCGCCGAGAGGUCCGGAAGAAUUAACAGGGACGUGUUUCCCUUGUGAGUGUCUCUCUCUCUCGACAGAGCUCAUCACACUGGGCGACCAAAGCAGUUUCUGGGCCAAAACCAGAAGUGGAUCCAGAAAAUCAGUUUCUUCCAAAAGCGCCCGGAUCUGGCCUGCCACCACUCGCUCCAGAACCUUGCCCAGGAAAGGGAGAUUCUAGAAGCAUGCAACCUGUGUUGCUGAGGGAAGUAGUCCGACUCAUGCAACACGUUGGCGACUAAUCUACACACAAUAAUUACCGUAUUUAUAUUUUGUGUAAACGGAUUUGAGGUUUGU